GUUAGCUGUCUACCAAACUGAGCUACAGUCAGUACAGGUUUUGAUGAUGAAAAUGUUCUCGAACUAAAUCAGGCAUAUUCCCAGAACCGAGUUACCGGCCACCAGGAGCUACAAAGCCAGACCUGGUCUCAAAUCAACCAACGAACCAAUCAGUUAACCAGUUUUGGAACUAUUGGUGAUGAGUGCUCGACGCUGUCAGCAUACUAAAUGUCACAAAUGGCCAUCUUUACGUAUACUUUUCAAAACUUAUAUGAAGAUUAAAAGUCUUUGGAAAGGGGCACGAGAACGAUUUCCAACUGGAGUUUUUUUUCUCAUACUCAGGGAAUUCUGACAUUGCAACCCUGGUCUGACUCCAGUAUUCUAUAUUGGGUAGCGACCCUAAAGAGUUCAGAUUCUCUGGGCAACUAAGAACACACUGGCUGUUAUUCCAGAGUAUCUAGGUUCAAUUCUCAACACCUACAUGUAACUUCAUCUGUAAUUCCAGUUCCAGAUCAGACACAGUCUUGGGCUCCGCGGACGUCAGGCAUGCACGUGGUGCACACACAUGUAUGCAGACAAAAUAUCCAUACACAUUUAAAAAAAAAAAAAAGAACGUGAGUUCAUAUUCCUUACUCUAGGGAUAGUUCACCCUCCGCUAAGUCUCACCAGUUUUAACACAAGCCACGUCCACUUCCGCCCUGAAGUCGCGCUAGAAGCUCUCAAAAGAGCCAAGCUCGUCUACUGAAGCGCCAGACCACAACCCGUAGCCCCGCCCCUCUGCCUGUCCGUCAAACUCGUUCUUGUCCCGCCCCCUGCCUGUGGGACACGCAGCCUUCGGUGCGGCUCGUUGUUAUGACGACAUGGUCGUAAAUCCGCCAUCUUCCUGUGGCGCGUUGCGACAUGGAGGGCGCGAUGGCAGUGCGGGUGACGGCCGCUCAUACGGCAGAAGCCCGGGCCGAAGCCGGGUGUGAAGCGAGCGAGGGCGGGGUUGCGGCGGCGGCGGCCUUGUCCUCCGGCGGCUUCCUUGGGCUCCCAGCGCCCUUCAGCGAGGAAGAUGAAGAUGAUGUGCACAGAUGUGGCCGAUGCCAAGUGGAAUUCACUGCCUUGGAGGACUUUGUCCAGCACAAGAUCCAGAAGACCUGCCAUCGGGCCCCUCAAGAGGCCCUGCCCACCACCCCUGCUGCCACUGCGCUGCUGGGCCAGGAGGUGGUGCCAACAGCAGCAGAGGGAGGUCCAGAGGAACCCAUCACUGUGGCCCACAUCGUGGUGGAGGCCACCUCUCUGGCAGAAGACAUCAACCAUGCUCCUGACCUUGUUGGAAGUGGGCACAUCAAAGAGGUCAUUGUGGCUGCUGAGGCAGAGCCAGGGGAUGGCGAGAUGGCAGAGGCUCCAGGCAGUCCUAACCCUCAGGAACUUGGGCUUAUUGGGGAGGGCGAGCAGGCCCAAGUCAAGCUGCUGGUGAACAAGGAAGGCCGCUACGUGUGCAUGCUAUGUCACAAGACCUUCAAAACGGGCAGCAUCCUCAAGGCCCACAUGGUAACACACAGCAGCCGCAAGGAGCACGAGUGCAAGCUCUGUGGGGCCUCCUUUCGGACCAAGGGCUCUCUCAUCCGGCACCACCGACGGCACACUGAUGAGCGCCCCUACAAAUGUGCCAAGUGUGGAAAGAGCUUCCGAGAGUCAGGCGCGCUGACUCGGCACCUCAAAUCUCUCACUCCGUGCACAGAAAAGAUCCGCUUCAGCAUAAGCAAGGACACAGCUGUGGACAAAGAGCAAGUGCCUGCAGGGUCCAGUGCCUCCACUGUGGGGACCGUGACAUCAUCAGUGUCAGGAGAGCCCAUGGAGACAUCACCUGUGAUUCACCUGGUGACAGAUGCCAAGGGCACUGUCAUCCACGAAGUCCAUGUGCAGAUGCAGGAGCUUCCCCUGGGCAUGAAAGCCCUGACCCCAGAGUCCCCGGACUCGGAGGAGCUGCCCUGUUCCAGUGAGAGCAGCCGUGAGAACCUGCUGCAUCAGGCCAUGCAGAAUUCUGGCAUCGUCCUUGAGAGGGUUGCUGGGGAGGAGAGUACUCUGGAACCAGCCCCUCCCUCUGGGUCCAGUCCCCAGUCCCUGGGAGAUGGACCCCCAGAAUUGCCACUGCUGGAGGUGGAGCAGAUAGAGACACAGGUGGCCAGUGAGGCCACCACUGUGCCCAGGACCCACCCGUGCCCUCAGUGCAGUGAGACUUUCCCAACAGCAGCCACCCUGGAGGCCCACAAGAGAGGUCAUCUAGGGCCGAGGCCAUUCACCUGCACACAGUGUGGCAAGGACUUCCCCAAAGCCUACCUGCUCAAGAAGCACCAGGAGGUGCAUGUGCACGAGCGCCGCUUCCGUUGUGGAGACUGUGGGAAGCUCUAUAAGACCAUUGCUCAUGUGCGGGGCCACCGACGUGUCCACUCAGACGAGAGGCCUUUCCCUUGUCCUCAGUGUGGCAAGCGUUAUAAAACCAAGAAUGCCCAGCAAGUGCAUUUCCGGACACAUCUGGAAGAAAAGCCCCACGUGUGCCAGUUCUGCAGCCGAGGCUUCCGGGAGAAGGGCUCUCUGGUGCGGCAUGUGAGGCACCACACAGGCGAGAAACCUUUCAAGUGCUACAAGUGUGGCCGUGGCUUCGCGGAGCAUGGCACACUCAACCGGCACCUGCGCACUAAAGGUCUGGGCCACACAUGGCAGAAGAGGGUGAGGGUUGGGGUCAACAGGCCCAGACUGAGCUCAGUGUCCCUGUUGGCAGGGGGCUGCCUGCUGGAAGUGGAGGAGUUGCUGGUAUCUGAGGAGAGCCCCUCUGCGGCUGCCACCGUGCUUGCAGAAGAUCCCCACACCGUGCUGGUGGAGUUCUCCUCCAUGGUAGCUGAUACCCAAGAGUACAUAAUUGAGGCUACUGCAGAUGACACAGAGACCAGUGAAGCCACCGAGAUCAUUGAGGGCGCCCAGACAGAGGUGGACAGUCACAUCAUGAAGGUGGUACAACAGAUCGUGCACCAGGCUGGUGCUGGGCACCAGAUCAUCGUGCAGAAUGUCACCAUGGACCAGGAGGCAGCACUGGGCUCCCAGGCAGCUGCGGCGGACACAAUCACCAUCGCCACUCCUGAGAGUCUGACCGAGCAAGUGGCCAUGACGCUGGCUUCAGCAAUCAGUGAGGGCACUGUGCUCACAGCACGGGCAGGUCCAGACAGUACUGAACAGGCCACCGUGACAAUGGUGUCAUCAGAGGACAUAGAGAUCCUUGAGCAUGGAGGAGAGCUGGUCAUUGCGUCACCAGAGGGCCAGCUUGAGGUGCAGACAGUCAUUGUAUAGUUUGAGGGCCUCUGCUAUGGAGGAGCGAGGUCCCCGCGUGUCUGCCCGCACCCGCCUGGUCAGAAGAGCGGACCCCGAGUGUCUGCCUGCACCCACCUGGUCAGAAGACAUUCAAGUUCAGGCAGCCAAAGGAGAGAGAGAGUGAACACACAGUUUGUUUCUUUUUUUGCUUUACAAUAAAACAUAAAAAACCCUGCAGCUUGUUGUGUUGAGGUAGAGGCAGCCUCUGGGGCUGGCACAGCUGCCUUCAUAGGUAUAUCCUCUGGAUACACUUGCCUGCUCAGGCCACCCUCUAGCCACAUACUUGGCUUCCAGCCCUGGUGGCGCCUCAAGGCGCGUGGGUGUCUCUGGCAUGUUGACAGACAGCCUCCUACCCUACCUAGCUGGAUCUGUGACUCCACUUUUCACAAGCCUGCUAGGGUGUGAGGUGUUCUUUUCAGCUUCCAAAUCUGGGACUGCCAGGGGUUAUGGGGUUGGUCUAGAGACCUAGGACCUUGGAUCGGCCUGAGUAGCUGAUGCUUUCCUCUGUGAUGGGCAAGUGUUGGAGAAGCAGCAGAUGGCAGAGCAGGCUAGGGCUGGUCUUUGUUGAUUUCUCAGCCUGUUUCCCUGAGGGAAUACCGCUCAAGGAAGAGUGAGAAGUUGGCCACUGCAUGGCUGUCCAGCAUAGUGUUGAGGUGGCUAGGGCCUUUUGCCCUGAUUCUCAGUUAAUGGAAGUGGCUUAGUAUAUGCUCUGUCCCUUGUCCUCUUGCGUCUCUGGAAUGGGAGCCAGUUCUGGAAGCCACUCCAUGGAAGGGGUGGUUCCCAUUGUAGCCCAGCCCCUUCCUGGUCCAGGGCCUCAAAUACCUGAGUGCUUUGAAAUCAGAGCUAUUGUAAGUCCACGGCUGCAGUUCAUCUUGAGCCAUAUUAGGCCCUCAGUCUGGACUGAAUCUCACUAACUU